AUGUGCGGAGGACGUGCAGACAGGUGUGUGACCCUGAGCUUCUCCGGGGGCACCCAGAGGGAGGGAGGGGGGCGUAACUAUGGUGAUGACAUGGAAUGUGUGUCGCCCGCGGCAACGGCUCAUCGGCUCUUGUGCCCUGCAGAAGGGUGCCGGCCCAGACCUGCUCCUCGCUCCGGUCGUCACAGAUUCCUAAAUGUCAUCCCAGCUUCAAGAAAAGAGCAUUUCUCCAGCGAAACACGCAGCUCGCCUCUGGGCCGCGGCAAAAUGAUGGAUUUGUAA